AUGUUAUGUUUCGCGAUUUGGCUGUUUCUGGAUGAAGUUACCGAAAGUUUGGUGAGUUCUAGAAGAUCUAUUGCCACGUCAUAACUAAUUAUUUUCAGAUCUAUCACGCACUAUUUUUCAUUGAUGUUUUGACGACUCCUUUAGUCUUUCAAGUCACAUAUUUAUUUUGCAACAAAACAAAUCUGGAAAUUUUGCUGAAAAUGAAUUUUGUAGAGCUGAAAACUUGGAGAAUUAUUUGCUGUGGACACAAUUUUUUGAAUAAAAUUGGAAACCAACGGAAUUCUUGA